CGACUCACUGGGAGACGAUGCCAGGGGGUCUAGGAGUCCUCCGAGCCCUGCCUCUCCUCCUCCUCCUCUUCUCUGAAGCCUGCCUGGGUCCUGGAUGCCAGGCCCUGCGGGUAGAAAGGGGUCCACCAUCCCUGACGGUGAACUUUGGCGAGGAGGCCCGCCUCAUCUGUGAAAACAACGGCAAGAACCCUAAUAUCACAUGGUGGUUCAGUCUUCAGUCCAACAACACAUGGCCCCCAGUGUCACUAGGUCCUGGCCUGGGUCCCACAGGCGAGCUGAUCUUCUCUGAAGUGAACAAGAGCCACAGGGGCUUGUACUGGUGCCAAGUGAUGGAGAACAGCAUGCUAAAACGCUCCUGUGGUACCUACCUCCGAGUGCGCAAGCCAGUCCCUAGGCCCUUUCUGGACAUGGGGGAAGGUACCAAGAACCGCAUCAUCACGGCAGAAGGGAUCAUCUUGCUGUUCUGUGCAGUGGUACCAGGGACACUGCUGCUAUUCAGGAAGCGGUGGCAAAAUGAAAAGUUUGGGGUGGACAUGCCAGAUGACUACGAAGACGAAAAUCUGUAUGAGGGCCUGAACCUUGAUGACUGCUCUAUGUAUGAGGACAUCUCCAGGGGACUCCAGGGUACCUACCAGGAUGUGGGCAGCCUCCACAUUGGAGACGUCCAGCUGGAGAAGCCAUGACUGUCGCCCCCCACCCUCCCCCUCCCAGUCCUGCUGUGCUGUCCCCUGUUUGCCAUAUGCCCAACUCAGCAUCCCUGCUCUCUGCUCUUCCCCUGGAGUCCCCCCUUUGCAGUGCCUGUCCCUCUGGAGUGUCCCACCCUUGCCUCCAGGCUGCCCCACCCUGUUCUCCCACCUAAUCUGUCCUUCCCCACUAGGGUUCCCUCUCUAGUGGGUAAUGAGCCCUUAAUCGCUGCCUCUAGGGGAGCUGAUUACAGCAGCCUCGUUAGUGUCACCCCCCUCCUCCCAGAUCUGUCAUGGCCACUUAAGUGAUAAUAAAUCCUUCCCAAAGCAGCCCUUGGCAGGAGUCAUGGAUCUCAUGUAGACUGCUCCUCAACACUGCCAGGAACCAGGAGCAGAAAGCCCAAAUCCCCUCCUCCCUCAGACCCGGGAUUCUGGACCCAAGUUCUCACCUGCCCACUUUUGAGAUCUGGGACCAGACAGUCCUUGCUGUCUGUCCUCCCCAACCCCCCACCCCCACCCCCAAAUAACAGGAAGUCUCUUGGGGAAGUCCCCACCCUAAUUGAAAUGCUGGUUUAUCUCCUUUAUAGGGCCUCACCCUCCGCAUAUCCCAAAGCAAAGGGGGAACCAGCCCCGGGUGUUACCAAAUUUUUACCCAUAUUUAAGCUCUGAGAACAC